GUUAUAAAUAGGGCCACUUUGCCUCAUGCAUUUGCGCAUUACAGCUCUCAGUCAAUCAAAACCAAUCACAAAUUAAAAUAUAUAUAUAUAUAUAUAUAAAUCCCUUAAAUAGCCUCGAGAAAGAGAAGAAGAAGAAGAAGAAGAUGGAAAGAUGCAAUUCAGGGAAUGGAGAUUCCUGCUGUGGUUGUUGUUGUUGGAGCAGAAGACAUUCAAGCAGAGAUUAUGAUCGGUUUGAGUCAGACAACGUUAAACCUUCGAGGAGAUCAUCAAAACCAUCAACUUGGACACAGCAGUUAUUGAGGAAGAUCAAGCGGGAAAAGAAGAGAAUGAUGGAAUCUAAAUCAAAUGCUACUUCCAUGAGGUUUUCUUAUGAUCCCUUUUCUUACUCUCAGAAUUUCGAUCAGGGCUUCACAUGGGCUGAUCCUGAUGACCUCUCCAGAUCGUUUUCUGCUCGGUUUGCAGUUCCAUCAAGAAUCUUUGAUAAAGAUGUUUAAUUUAAUGAUCUAAACCUAGCUAGUUUAUGUACUGAGAUCGUCGGAUGUUUUUUUCGUUUUUUUUUUAAUUAGUUCAAUCAUCGUACGUAGAUUUACUGUAGUGUUAAUUUGAGGUUGAUCGGGUCCGGCUAGAUUACUACAUUGGUUUUCUUCGGAUAUCUCUUAAUUUUCAUCAGACUGCAUCCCUAGAACAUCAAUAUUGUAUAGGGAUCACAGGAAAUGUAAAUGCUAGUACUUAUACGUACAUUGUUCACUCAAAUACAAAAUGC